AUCAAAGUUGUCCGAGACUUCCACAGCGACAUCUUCUAUGGCGCCAACAUCGAGGCUGAAAAGCACUCCGCCGAGGAACUCCUGGCCCUCCCCGAGGUCGCUAAUGUCUGGCCCAACCGCUACUACGAGCCAUUGAGGUCUGUUAAGAGACAGGCGGCUGAUAACUCGACCGAUCUGCCGCCUGGAUCUGACCUCGAUCCCAAUGAGUACGACGUGCACAACGCAACAGGCGUGUGGGCUCUCCACCAAAAGGGCAUCAAGGGAAAGGGCGUCAAGAUUGCCGUCGUUGACACUGGCGUCGACUACACUCACCCCGACUUGGGAGGCGGCUUCGGCCCUGGGUUCAAGGUUGCCGGUGGUCACGAUUUUGCCGGUGAUGGGACUUGGCCCAAGGGACCCAGAGAACCUGACGACGAUCCAAUGGGUCUGCAAGACCACGGCACCCAUGUGGCAGGUAUCGUGGCUGGCAAAGGCAAAAUCUGGUCCGGCGUCGCCCCAGAGGCCACCAUCUACGCAUACAAGACUUAUGCCCGUGACGGCACCGACGAGGCCAUCAACAUUGACGCCUUCCUCGCAGCAUACGAGGCCGGCGUCGACAUCAUCACAGCCAGUAUCGGCCUCGGCGGGGGCUGGUCCGACGGUGCCUGGGAGGAGGUCGCAACUCGUCUCGCCAACAAGGGCGUCGUCAUCACCGUCUCUGUUGGCAACGGCGGCGAAGGCGGACCUUAUCGCGCUUUGUCCCCCUCUGGUGCCAAGGGCGUCCUUGCUGUUUCCAAUAUCGACACAUACUCGAAUCGCGAUGCGAAGAUGGCCCUCCCCGACUAUAGCACUUCAUGGGGACCCCUCUUUGACCUGCAGAUGAAGCCUGACGUCGGUGCCCCAGGUGCAUAUAUCUACAGCACCGUUUUCGACCACGGAUGGGCCAUCUAUAGCGGCACCUCCAUGGCGACGCCCUAUCUCGCUGGAGUUGCGGCUCUCUACAUUGGCCAGUUCGGCGGCCGGGGCACCCAAAACGGCGCCAAGUUCGCCAAGAUGAUGCAUAACCGCCUCGUGUCCAAUGUCCGUAAAGUGAACCAGUUCAGCUGGAACGAUCCAGUCGCUUCCGUUGCCCAAGUUGGAAGCGGGCUGAUCAAUGCCACAAGCCUCUUCGAGUCGACAACUGACCUGAUGUACGAGCCCAUGGCCCUCAACGACACCCGCUUCUUCAAUACCAACCACAAGAUCACCGUCAUCAACAACAGCAAGAAGCCUGUUGAGUACACCUUCACUAAGGAGGACUCGCAGGGCGUCAACACCCUAGGCAGCGAUGCCUACGACACCAUUGUCAAGCAGUAUGGCGCUCUGCAGUGGUACGAGUACUCUAUCAAUGCUACGCUUCCAGAAAAAUUCACCCUGCAGCCUGGUAAGAGCAAGGUGGUUACCGUCUCUUUCCAGAACCCCGACAAGUCCGACUGGUAUAAACCAAGCAUGCCCCUAUACAGCGGCAACAUCAUCGUCUCAGGUUCCAACGGCGACCGUCUUGCCGUCCCCUUCGUAGGUAUCGGCACUGACCUGAAGGCAACUUUCAAGAAAUUGUUCCUUGCCGAGCCGCGUAUGCAAUCCCUCGACCCGCCCGUUCAGCAAGGCCUCAACGGCUCUACCCCCUCCUUCUCCUUCAACCUCACUGCCCAGGAUUUCCCCGUCAUCCAGGCUGGCAUCGGCUGGGGCACGCGACAACUCCGUUACGACAUCUUCGAAAAGGGAUGGACAGAGAGCGCGUGGAAGUGGCCUCUCGUACCUGGAAAGAACAAGUACGUGGGCUCGGGCACAUGGUGGGUUGGGGCGGGACAGGUUCCCAAGUGGUUUGACGACCAGGGUUGGAACCCAGAUGAGACAACCGACUAUCCCACGAUAAACACAGGUCGAGCAGCGGCCAUGCCCGGCUACGACAAGAACGAGUACUGGUGGUUUGGCAAGCUUACCAAUGGCACCAAGAUUGCUCGUGGAGAGUAUGUCUUGCGGUUUGCAGUCCUUGUACCCUUUGGUCAGCCGGAGGUGGCGAGCGACUGGGAUACCUUGAUGGUGCCCUUCAAGGUGACGGGACAAUAC